AGUAAAUCUUGGUGUGAAUUUAUAAAAGCACAACAGACUGAGCAGACAGAUGUCAACAGCCAGUUAGAAGUGAAAAAAGCAUCAGUGUGGGAGCUUUUCACAAGUGAAUGCACUUACUUUCUGGAUCAUUUGCUAGUUCUCAAGAUGAUAUUUAUGAACACUCUAAAAUACCUCCAGAGUAAUGAAAUUCUCUUGGAUGUGGGUUUGUGGAGAUUUCUUGCAAACUUAGAGGAAUUAAGCAAGUGGGGUGAACAAAACAAACAGUGCAAGAGGCUGCAUCUGCCGGAGCUGCUGGUCACUCCUUUGCAUCGACUGAUGCACUAACCCCUCCUCCUUAACAACAUCUGGAACAGGAGUACUGACAAAACAGAGAAAGGCUGUAUCCACUCACUUAGAGAGAAGGUGGAAAAGUCCAUACAAAGCACAAGACUCCUUGACGUCUACCUCUUCUUGUUCAAUGAUUUCCUAUUAAUUACUAAAACUAAACAUAACAAAAAGACUUACAGGGGCUCAGACACCGAUUUUAUCCCUGUCAGUCCUUCACUCACUCCUGAGCCAUAGUCCUUCAUAAGAAAGAGUGGGUUCUGCACAGUCCUAGACCAGCCCAUCUCACUAGACAGACUGGUAUUGAAAAACAUUUCAGUCUGCAGCCUGCAAAAUACUUUCCUAAUGCAGCAUGAAAAUAGGUAUUGUCAGUACAUAGCAGUCUUCUUGCUACAAGCUCAGACAGAGACUGCCAAGAAAACAUGGAUGUCACAGAUAGAAAUGGCCAUCUCCAGUUACACCACACAACAUGAAACCAAGAAAAGCACUGCUUCCUGCUUCCCAGCUGAAUCCUCUGAAAUUUAA